CAAUUAGUUGGUUUAAGUGGGAAAAACAAAUAUCAAAAAUGUGGAGCUUAUUGAGCAGCAGCGACCCAAUGGUUUCCAUGAUGAAUAUGUGUCCAGUUUUGAGUACACCAAUUGACUGGAAAGAAACACCUGAAGCUCAUUGCUUCUUUGCUGACCUUCCAGGGCUUAACAAAGAGGAUGUGAAAGUGGAAGUGGACAAGGGAAGAGUACUUCAAAUUAGUGGAAAGUGGAAAGCAGAAGAAGAAUUGAUUGAUGAAAAGGAGAAGAAGAAUUUAGGCAUGAAGUGGCAUAUAGUGGAACGUAACAGAGGGGAAUUCUGCAGGAAAUUUAGGCUUCCACAAAAUAUAAAGGCAGAUCAAGUGAAAGCAUCUAUGGAAAAUGGUGUGCUUAUUGUCACUGUCCCAAAAGAAGACGUGAAAAAACCUUUCUCCAAACUAAUUGAAAUUGAAGAAAAAUAAACACA